AUGAAGAGCCUGCUCUUGACCUUCACACUUCUGGGGCUGGUGGCUGUCCUGAAGGCCCAGGAAGUUCCAUCAGAUGACCAGGAGGAUUACUCUGGAACCUGGUAUCCAAAGGCCAUGAUACACAAUGGCAGCCUAUUCAGUCACAAGAUACCCUCAAAGGUUUUCCCUGUGAAGAUGACAGCCUUGGAAGGAGGAGACCUGGAGGCCGAGAUUAUAUUCUGGAAGAACGAUCAGUGCCAUGACGUUAAAAUCCUGAUGAAGAAAACUGAUGAGCCUGGCAAAUUCUCCUCCUUUGACGACAAGAGGUUCAUCUAUAUCACAGAGCUGCCGGUGAAGGACCACUAUAUCUUCUACUGUGAAGACCGCCUCCCUGGAAAGUUGUUUGGUGUGGGAAAGCUCAUCGGGAGAAACCCUGAGGAAAACCCAGAGGCCAUGGAAGAAUUUAAGAAAUUUGUACAGCGUAAGGGACUCAAAGUGGAAGACAUCAUUGUACAAGAGUUAAAUGGGCCCUUUUCACUCCUGGGCUUCUUUUGGUUUCUACAGAGCACUGUGUGCCAGAAAGCGACUAGGAAUUGA